AUGGGCUGUGUGAUUUGGACAGGAGAGGAGCUCUUAGAUAUCCAGACUUUUUACCUCAACGCUACUCAACGCCUGCUGUAUAUUAAAAUGUCUCCAGAUUUUUCCUCUGGUGGUGAGAAGAGAGACCGAACUGGAAAAAUCUUAGGUUGGAGUAUUGGAGCCACCGUUACGCUUCUUUUGACUGUUAUCCUCUUCUGCUUUUGGAAGAGGAGACAGAAGCAAGCAAAAGCAGAUGCUGCAACACCUAUUGUCUCUCAAGUGGGUCUAAUCUGCGAGAUGGUGUUACCAACAAAGAAGAGAAAUCUGUCAGGUGAAGACCAAAUAGAAGAAUUGGAACUUCCAUUGAUGGAGUUUGAAGCUGUUGUCACAGCCACCGAUCAAUUUUCUGACUCUAACAAAGUUGGAAAAGGUGGUUUUGGUGUUGUUUACAAGGGAAGGUUAGUUGACGGGAAAGAAAUUGCAGUGAAGAGACUAUCGGAAAUGUCAACUCAGGGUACCAAUGAGUUCAUGACCGAAGUUAGAUUAGUGGCUAAGCUUCAGCAUAUAAACCUUGUCAAACUACUUGGCUGUUGUGUUUAUAAUGGCGAGAAGAUUCUAAUUUACGAGUACUUGGAGAAUGGAAGCCUCGAUUGUCAUCUCUUUGAUAAAACCAGAAGCUGUUUGUUAAAUUGGCAGACGAGAUUUGAUAUUAUCAAUGGUAUUGCCCGAGGGCUUCUGUAUCUUCACCAAGACUCACGGUUUAGAAUCAUCCAUAGGGAUUUGAAAGCAAGCAAUGUCUUGCUUGAUAAAGAUAUGACUCCAAAAAUUUCAGACUUUGGAAUGGCUAGGAUCUUUGGACGGGAUGAGACGGAAGCUAAUACAAGGAAGGUGGUCGGAACUUAG